AUGGACACAGCCAUGAAUGUCUCACUAGAAAAAUUGCAGAUGGUCCAGCCCUAUAACUUCGAGAUGUCGUGGGACUUAAGGCCCUUUUUGGAGGAGUACUGGGUAGCAUCAUUCCUCAUAGUUCUGAUCUACCUGUUGCUCAUCAUUGUGGGCCAAAACUACAUGAAGGCACGGAAGGGCUUCAACUUGCAGGGGCCUCUCAUCCUCUGGUCCUUCUCCCUUGCAAUCUUCAGUAUCCUGGGGACAGUGAGGAUGUGGAGCUACAUGGGGACCCUGCUAUUUACAAUGGGUCUCAAGCAAACUGUGUGCUUCACCAGCUACAUAGAGGAUAACAUAGUUAGAUUCUGGUCCUGUGUCUUUCUUCUCAGCAAGAUCGUUGAACUCGGAGACACGGCCUUCAUCAUCCUGCGUAAACGACCUCUCAUCUUUGUGCACUGGUACCACCAUAGCACAGUACUACUGUUCACAAGCUUUGGAUACAAGAACAGAGUCCCCUCAGGUGGCUGGUUUAUGACCAUGAACUUCGGUGUGCAUUCCAUCAUGUAUACCUACUACACUCUGAAAGCUGCCAAAGUAAGGCACCCCAGCAUGCUUCCCAUGGUCAUCACCAGCUUACAGAUCCUGCAGAUGGUUAUGGGGACCAUCUUUGGCAUCCUGAAUUACAUCUGGAGGAAGGAAAAAGGGUGCUACACAACCACGGGACACUUCUUCUGGUCCUUUAUGCUGUAUGGGACCUAUUUUAUCCUCUUUGCUCACUUUUUCCAAAAAGCCUACCUCAGACCCAAGGUCAAAGCUAAGACCAAGAGCCAGUAA